AUGGUUGCUUAUCGCAUUGUGCUCCUGGCCGGCGCCGCCGCCGCCCUGCCACUGAACAUCAACCUCGGAGCCUACUCGCCAGCAUUGGUAGUCGGUGAUGGUGAGAUCAGCUUCGGAGGCAACCAGGAUGUGUCCGCGCUCAUGAGCACACUCGAGGGGGCCGCAGUGACGGCGGCGAAUGGGGCAACAACCGCCGCCGCCGCUCAACCAGCAGCAGCAGCACCAGCAGCACCAGCGGCUGCCGCGAGCCCAUCGACUGCUGCAGUCGAGACCCAGGCAAUCGAGCAGAAUAGUGUGGCUGAGCCUUCUGCUGUCCCUGUAUCCGAGGCCACCAAGGACGCAACUAUCGCGGAGCAGGCCCAACAGAUCGCUGCUCUCCAGGGAAUGGGCAAGGUAGUCCUACCUCGGGGCGAUGCAGAGGCCAUUGACGACGACGUCGACGUCGACGCCAACGAUGACGAGGAGAGCUCCAGCAUCGCCAAGCGCGACUUCGCCAGCUUCGACCGGGCGCUCAAAUUCGCCGAGGCCGCACUGCAGAAGGGCCCUAAAGUCCAGCUGGGAACCGGCAGCGACGGCUCCGGCGUCGGCAUCAUCGUGGACAACAACCAGGAGGCCGCCGCACGCGCAGGCACGGGCACGACAGCCGCCAAACGGGACCUGCCUGGUGCUGCCGCCGCGGGCCCCAAGGUCAAGGUCACCACCAUGUACGUGCGCUCUGGCAUCCCUUCCUCCCUUCAGAGCGGUGAGCAGAUGACCGCCCGCGACCUUGACAACGUGAACGACAACGCCGUGCCGCGUUACGAGACGAUACAGAUCGCACCCAACAAGAGGGAGGCGAACCACAACCCCAAUGCCAUCGACGCCGUGAACCUGAAUGUCAAUGGUGACCAGGGCGUGACCAUGACAUUUGUGGAGACUGUCGAGGAUGGCGAGGACGCAUGA